AGAGUGAGCUUUUUAAUGAAAUAGAUCUCUCGAAUCUAUGCUUCGCCGAGUGCAGCACGAAGAACGUCAAUAAUUUGUUCCAGCUCAUUACGCCAACUCGUUCUUUAGUGUUGGGUGCAGAAAAUCGUAAGGAAAUGGAGGAUUGGUGUCAAGCAUUAAAAGCUGCAGCCGCGAGAGAAUUCUUCGAUCCCACGCCACCGGAUCAACAUGACUUCUUGUCGGGACAUCAUCACUGGUAUGCAACGAGUCACACUCGUCCAACAUAUUGUAAUGUGUGUCGGGAAGCUCUAUCAGGCGUCACAUCUCAUGGAUUAUCAUGUGAAGUGUGCAAAUUUAAAGUACACAAACGAUGUGCUGUAAAAGCAAUUCCAAAUUGCAAAUGGACCACAUUAGCUAGCGUUGGUAAAGAAAUAAUAGAGGAUUUUGAUGGAAAUCUUAUAAUGGCGCAUCAAUGGAUGGAGGGAAACUUACCAGUGUCAUCAAAAUGUUUACAUUGCGAUAAGACUUGUGGUUCGGUGCUUCGUUUGCAAGAUUGGCGUUGUUUAUGGUGUCGAGCGACAGUUCACACACAAUGUCGACCGAAUGCUGAAUUAAAAUGUCCACUUGGACCAAGUAAAGUGUCAGUCGUACCACCUACAUCCCUCCAUUCAAUCGGCCUUGACGACGCUUGGGAUGUCGUAAAGCCACAAGGCUCAUUCUCUCCACUACUUGUUUUCGUGAAUUCUAAAUCAGGUGACAAUCAAGGCGUCAAGUUUUUACGACGCUUCAAGCAGUUACUAAAUCCAGCCCAAGUAUUUGAUUUGAUAUCAUUGGGACCGCAACUUGGUUUGAGACUUUUUCGUCACUUCGAUCCAUUUCGUAUUCUUAUUUGUAGCGGCGAUGGGUCUGUCGGAUGGGUUCUGUCGGAAAUUGAUAGACUGAAUAUGCAUAAACAAUGUCAGAUUGGCGUACUUCCACUGGGCACGGGUAAUGACUUAGCACGUGUUCUCGGUUGGGGUUCAGCUUGCGAUGAUGACGAUCAUCUACCUCAACUUUUGGAUCGCUAUGAGAAAGCUUCAGUGAAGAUGUUAGAUCGAUGGAGUAUUAUGGUGCUUGAACGCGACAUCUCAUUACGUCGUGGUAUGUCAAUUUCCCACUCUCCCGAUGCUAUCUUAUCACAAUUUGAAGACAAUGCCAUGUGGCAUUUGCAGUCAAUUAUUGAUACUGAUGACUUUCAAGUUGUCAUUGCUUCAGUUCGAAUAUUGUGUGAGACAGUCAACGAAUUUCUUAAUCGUGUAACGGAUACACAUCGAGAGGAUGAGUCACUGCUCAUAAAAUGUGAUAUUUUGCGACAAAAAGUUGGAAUGCUUCUUGAUACAUUGAAGCAAGAGGAAAGUGGAGUGUAUGUAGGCGAUGAUUUGUUGAAGACAAUGGAAGAAAUUGCUUUCCGCAGUGCUUCAGAACGAAGAGAACGAACACCUGAAAAUGAACCACGUAAACGAAGAUUCUCAUUUGGAAAGCCAGAAAAAGAUAAGAUUAAUUCGAAAGAACGAACAAGUCGCUUGAUGAAACGAUCUGAAAGGGAAGCAGUUCAUUGUCGUGCAAAUAGCUUAAAGCGUAUCAUUCAUAGUAUCAUCGAACAUUGUGAUGCGAAGAAUAAAAGCGAAGGAAACUUCAGAAAAAUGUCGCUGAAAGCAAACACGAGAUUCGUUCCUACGUCAUCGUCUGAAACAUCACCAUGUACAUCACCACUGCCCAUGCCAGCAGCGAACUUAAUGACGCCAUCCUCCCGCUUAACAUGCAUUUCUCCCCUUCCUGACAUCAGACGCGAUUCGGUCGAUGAAAAUUUCUUAAGCACUCUAAGUAUUCCCGUUCCAAGACAAUUUGCUGAUGAAAGCAGGCGGAACUCAGGUGUCCCGGGAAACAUCAUGGAAGUUGAAGAAGAAAAUUAUUCAGAGCGAAGUGAAACAUCUUCUAAAUUAUCUACAAACACGCUGACUGUUCGUCAUACCGAAAAUACUCUUCAUUUCAAAUACGAUCCUUUGACAAUCAAUCGAAUUACUGAACAACGUGAUAGUGAAUACACUUAUACAUUAGAUUUGGAGCAUCGCGAUGCUGAACAAGACAGCUUACUUGCUUUUCGGCCGAUUGAGGUGUUUGAGCGGAAUUAUUUAAGAAAUUUGCAACAGCAGCAAGACAGAGAAAAAGAAAAAAGCAACGCAUGCUCAUCGUCUUUUAUGAUGGGAAAGCGUCUUGAAAGCACAACUGUGUCAAAUUCGUUACAAGUUCCCGUCCUAUCAGUACCUAAUGUCAUGGAAAAGCCACCACCACCGACACCAAAUGUCUACAUGAGCGAUAACAUGACAAUUAUUGAUACUGAUGUUCCGCAGGAACGUUCAUCAUCUGAUGAGAUUAUUGGUGAAACUAGUGACAUAAUAUCAGCGAUAAGCAACGAAGAAUGUAGCGUGAAUUCAGAAAUUCUCGACCAACGAUUGUCGGAGGGUUAUCCGAUUAAUGUAGGAGAAUUAAUUCAAGAUUUGAAUACUGACGAGAGAAUUGGUCACAUUGAUUCACCGGAGACGAGUGAGACGACGGAUGUGUUACAUGGUGAAAGCUUGAUGGACGAUAUCAGUUCGGUUUUGGGUCAUGACAUGCUGGGAGCUCUUCAAGAUAUCACAAUAACUGACGAUACAACAACAUUGUGUACUGUAGACGUGCCAAGUCUACCUCAAAGUCGAAAGAUAAGUUUAAAAGCCAAUCGAACAACAACAGAAUCACAAACGCAAUUUGGCUUUGAGAAUCGCGUUUUCGAUCUCGCUUCCAUUGUUAAUCAAAUCCCAAGUGAAGCAGCGCCAGUACGUUAUUGCAGUUUAGCAAAGUUUGUCGAUGGCAAUGAUAUCGCAAGAGAAAGUUUCAAAGUUAAAUCUCAUCGAUCUAACAGAAGUGCCUCAAUUUCAAGUAAGAAACAGGCGUCGAACAGUAGCAACAAUUUUAAGAGUAGCAACAACGACGAAUACGAAACGAUAACUGUGGUGACAACCGCAGCUGAAAAGCCAAACGAAUGUGAUAAAAGUAGUAAUUUAUUGAAUACUAUUAAGAUACAAAUACAGGGAUCGAUGUCAGAUCUGUCUAUGGAGACGGAAUAUGAGAUUGCCAAAGUAAGCAGUGAACGAAUUGAUUAUAAGAACGCAAUCAUUUCUGAUGCACCAGACAACGAAGAUAAAGAUGGACGUGAUAAUGAGAAAGUUCCCAGUGUCAUAAUUGAUCCGGCAUCACCUAAAUUAAGUGACCAUCUCAGGGCUUUACGUUGUAGCGAAUAUAGAAGACAUUCAAGUCAUACGCCAAAUACAAAUUCACUUGCACCACGAGAUGUUGACAUCAAUCGACGUCAUUCGAAUCACAAUCCAAAUUUACUUAGUCUUGAUUCGGAUCAUGCCAAAUUUCUUAACUGUUCGCCAGCCGCUUCAAGACGAAUCAGUUGUGGAACUUUGUUCAAGACAAAUGAAGGAUUACGGUUCGCAAACACGAGAAAUAUUUUCGGUUCGAGAAAAAGUUUCAGUAAAGACAAGACUAAAGAAAGGGACGACGAUGAUAAGAAAAAGGAUGAGAAAGAAGAGAAACCUAAAACACUUCCGAUAAUCAAUCCAUUGGUAAGAUUACCGUCAUGGCCGAAUGUUCAAUCAGGAGCGGGUUUCAUAUCAAAGUGUUUACUUGCUAAUGCAGACACGCUUUGCUCGUUAGCGUGUCCAUUGAUGGAUCCCGAUGAGACACUUCUCGAAGGAUUUUAUGAAAAAACUGUCAUGAACAAUUAUUUCGGGAUUGGAAUUGAUGCUAAAAUUUCUCUUGAUUUCCACAAUAAGCGAGAAGAACAUCCUGAGAAGUGUCGAUCUCGUGCGAAGAAUUAUAUGUGGUAUGGUGUGCUUGGUUCCAAACAAUGGCUACAAAAGACUUAUAAAAAUCUUGAACAACGAAUUCAGUUAGAAUGUGAUGGUCAACGAAUUCCAUUACCAUCACUUCAAGGGAUUGUGAUUUUGAAUAUUCCAAGCUUUAUGGGAGGAACAAAUUUUUGGGGUGGUCGAAAGGAAGAUGAUUGCUUUCUAGCGCCAAGUUUCGAUGAUAAAAUCUUAGAAGUUGUAGCUGUUUUCGGUUCUGUUCAAAUGGCAGCCUCUCGUCUCAUCAAUCUUCAACAUCAUCGAAUUGCGCAGUGUCAAAGCGUACAAAUUAAUAUUCUAGGAGAUGAAGGUGUGCCAAUUCAAGUAGAUGGAGAAGCUUGGCUUCAACCACCUGGAAUGAUAAGAAUUAUUCAUAAGAAUCGUGUUCAAAUGUUAUGUCGUAAUAGAAAUCUUGAGGUGUCGUUAAAAUCAUGGCAAGUAAAGCAACGUCAACAUAGCAUUUCAACAGCUCGUGAACCUACUUCUGCCACUUCUGAAUAUUGUACAGCAUUAGGUGAAAAUCUUUUUACAGAACGUGAAACAUAUUUAUUGUUACACUUCAUCGAGUGUGUCAGUACUUUAGUGAAGUGGGUAAAGUUCCUUAUCAUUUCUCAUCCAUCACUUCAACAAGAUUUAUAUGUGAUUGCAUGUAAAACUGCCGACUCACUUGAAGCGGUUCAUCCAGGUGGAAAAUUACUUGAUGGACCGAAUCUUCGAGCGAAACUAACUGAACUCGUUAGUAGCACACGACAGCUUUAUGAAAGCACCUGUGAACUGUUGAGAGAACGAUGUCAUAGUUUAAUCAUGCGAGAAGAUUUGGAAACGAAGCUUAGUGUUGCACUUGCUAACAUUGAAAUGGAACUUCGUAAAUGUAACAUGCAAAGAAGCGAAGAUGGUUCGAUGAAAAUUUAUUUAAAUGUUUUGGCACCGAACAACGAUGAUGUCGAUCAUCGGAAGAAAGCAAAACCUUUCUGGAUGCGCUUUAGACAUCGUGAACAACAAGCAAGUGCAAGUGGAUCAAAAGCUAAUCGUAGUAGUUCAGUUGAAGCGAUAUCCAAUUGGGGUGUUAAUGAAGUUAUUACUUGGCUUGAAGCUAUGCAAUUCUCAGAGUAUAUUGACAGUUUUAUUAAGAAUGAUAUUCGUGGUAAAGAACUUCUCACACUUGCUAGACGAGACCUUAAAGAAUUGGGAGUUACAAAAGUUGGUCAUGUCAAGAGAAUUCUUCAAGCUAUUGAAGAUUUGCACGCUAGUUAG